CCUGCCCAGAUCUGCUCCGGCCCGUUCGGUCGCCGUCGGGCCCCAGUCGUCCCUCCGAAAUGCCGGUCGACUUCACCGGGUACUGGAAGAUGCUGACCAACGAGAAUUUCGAGGAGUACCUGCGGGCGCUGGAUGUCAAUGUGGCCUUGCGCAAAAUCGCCAACUUGCUGAAGCCAGACAAAGAGAUCGUGCAGGAAGGCGACCACAUGAUCAUCCGCACGCUGAGCACUUUUAGGAACUACAUCAUGGACUUCCAGGUUGGGAAGGAGUUUGAGGAAAAUGCCCACCAAGUUAAGGAAGCUUUCAGCUAUUCUUCGGAUAAAUCCUCUGCCCCCUUCUUUCUUCUCUUCCUGGGAUACCUAUGA